UCCCGGGCAGAUCCGAGCUGGCCUUGGGAGGGUAGCCUUCCUUGCCUCGGCCUCGACCACCUGAGGACUCUGCAUCUGCUGCGAGACCAUGUCUAGCAAUGGGUCAGAUGUCCCUACUGAAGCCCAGGCUGCCGUGGAAGAACCUGUCCCACAGCCCAGCGUGGUGGGCCGCAUGGCCAACCUGCCUCUCAUCAGCUCCACGUGUGAGAUGGUGAGUGCCGCGUACGCCUCCACCAAGGAGAGCUACCCCCACGUGAGGACCGUGUGUGACGUGGCUGAGAAAGGCGUCAAGACCCUCACUGCAGCUGCGGUCAGCGGGGCACAACCCAUCUUGUCCAAGCUGGAGCCCCAGAUUGCGACGGCCAGCGAGUAUGCGCACCGCGGACUGGACAGAUUGCAGGAAAGCCUGCCCAUCCUCCAGCAGCCGACGGAGAAGGUUCUGGCGGACACUAAGGAACUGGUGUCGUCUACAGUAUCUGGGGCCCGAGAAAUGGUAUCCAACUCGGUGAUCAGUGCAAAGGACACAGUGACCACUCGGGUGACCGGGGCAGUGGAUGUGACCCGGGGGGCUGUACAGAGCAGUGUGGACAUGACCAAGUCAGCGGUGACCAGCGGCGUCCAGUCAGUCAUGGGCUCCCGAGUGGGACAGAUGGUGAUUAGCGGAGUGGACACGGUGCUGGUAAAAUCAGAGGCUUGGGCGGACAACCGCCUGCCCCUGACGGAUGCAGAGCUGGCCCUGAUCGCCACGUCCUCAGAGGGCUCGGACAUGGCCUCGCUGCAGCAGCAGAGACAGGAGCAGAACUACUUCGUCCGGCUGGGCUCACUGUCGGAACGGCUACGCAACCAUGCCUACGAGCACUCACUGGGCAAGCUGCGCAAUGCCAGACAGAGUGCGCAUGAGGCGAUGCAGCAACUCACGCAUGCGCUCAGCCUGAUGGAAUCCGUGAAGCAGGGUGUGGACCAGAGGCUGGGGGAGGGGCAGGAGAAAUUGCACCAGAUGUGGCUCAGCUGGAACCAGAAGACACCCCAGGAUGCAGAAAAGGACCCAGCUAAGCCAGAGCAGGUGGAGGCCCGGGCGCUCGGCAUGUUCAGGGACAUUGCCCAGCAGCUACAGAGCACAUGUGUGGCCCUGGGGGCCAGCAUCCAGGGCCUGCCUGGCCACGUCCGGGAGCAGGCCCAGCAGGCCCGCAGCCAAGUGGACGACCUUCAGGCCACUUUCUCCAGCAUCCACUCCUUCCAGGACCUCACAGCUGGUGUUCUUGCCCAGACCCGCGAACGCAUAGCCAGAGCCCGGGAGGCCCUUGACCACACUGUGGAGUACGUGGCCCAGAACACGCCGGUCAUGUGGCUGGUGGGCCCGUUCGCUCCUGGAAUCACUGAGAAAGCCCUGGAAGAGAAGAAGUAGAGACAGAUCGGGGCCAGCAGCUGGUUUCAGCCAGCUUUUCCCCAUAAUCCUGUUGCAUACUAGGUCCUCAGCUACCCUGAGUCUGAAGAAGUGUUUAACCUUCUCCCAUCAGUUUAUUGAAGAAGAAGAAAAAAAAAAACCUCUAGAAUGUUCUAGGAGAAAAAAUUUUCUAGAAUGUUCUAGAAGAAAAAAAUCCCUAAAAGAAAAAACAGUCAGGGUAACCAGUAGUAAUGGCACUUUCCUGCCAUGCUAUGCCAGCACUGUGGCGAGAGAGGCAGGAGGAUCAAGAAUUCUAAGCCAGGCCGGGCGGUGGUGGCGCACGCCUUUAAUCCCAGCACUCGGGAGGCAGAGGCAGGCGGAUCUCUGUGAGUUCGAGACCAACCUGGUCUAGAAGAGCUAGUUCCAGGACAGGAACCAAAAACUACGGAGAAACCCUGUCUCGAAAAACCAAAAAAAAAAAAAAAAAAAAAAGAAUUCUAAGCCAGACGCUAUAUAGCAAGCAGAGUCAGUGAUGGCCUGAGACUCACUUAAGACCACGGCCUGAUGAGAGCCCAUUCCCUGUGCCUUUAGUACAUCAUGGACCAUGAUAGCAAGUGGUUUCCUACCCUGGCACUUGGUCCUCACGGCGUGGACAGCAGGGACGUGAAAUUGUUUCAGAUGAGAAAGUGGCUGAGCACUGAGUGUCCAGUGUUCCUCAAACCCUGGGGUCCAGUAUUGUUAUAAUAAAUUUUAUGAGCAUCAGAGGCCAG